AUGCCUACAACAAAGAAAACAUUGAUGUUCUUGUCAAGCUUUUUCACAAGCCUGGGGGCUUUUGUCGUGAUUUGCUCUGUUCUUGGGACACAAGCUUGGGUCACCAGCACGAUUGCCUUCAGAGACUCUGUCUCGAAGGGUACCGUUUUCCUCACCUACGGACUUUUCCGUGGCAAGAGCACUCAAGAAUUGAGUCAUGGACUUCAAGAAGCUGACAAGUAUUUUGCAGUUUUAGGGAUAUUGAAUAAUUCCUCCCCAAAAACUCUGCACUUGGUGGCCGUCCUGUUCCUGGCCCUCAGCUUGUUGGCCGCGCUGCUGAGCUCUGGGUUCACCUUCUACAACAGCGUCAGCAACCCCUACCAGACGUGCCUGGGCCCGGUGGGGGUGCACACCUGGAACGGGCUCUGCGCAUUAUUCAUUUUUGUGGCCAUGAUGCUGUUUGUGGGGAACACGCAGUCCAACCGUCUCUCGGAGGCGCUGUUCCAGACGCUUUAUCCAGCGGUCACCAGUGAAGGGAUGAGCCACAGUUACGGACACUCAUUCUGGCUCAUACUGCUCGUCAUUCUCCUAAACAUCGUCACUGUGGUCAUCAUCAUUUUCUACCAGAGGGCCAGAUACCAGCGGAAGCAGGAGCAGAGAAAGCCAAUGGAGUACGCCCCGAGGGACGGAAUGCUGUUCUGA